AUGAGGACAGACAAUGCAAGAAUCCCAAAGUCGUCGUCGUGGCCGAGGAGGACGAAGACGGUGGUGCAGAGAUGGUUCAACCUCAAGACAACCUCGGCGGAAUCGUUCCAUUCAGACUGCACUAAUGGGAGCUCCGGUCAAGAACAGCAGAAGCAGAUGCAGAGGAGGAAGAGCUGCUCAGACAGAGACGGCAGCCGUGUCACGAGGAGAGAUUUGUCAGGUGGGUGGUUGGUGGAGAGCUGUGAGAAUCUGAGGCCUCCUCCACGGUAUGGAUCGAGCUCUUCGUGGCAGCCUCCCAAGGAACUUCGGGUGCAGGUGGGGACGUGGAACGUGGGCGGCAGAGCACCGCACCAAGAGCUUGACCUCUCCGAUUGGCUCCUCAACCAACAUGCCCCUUCUUCCUCUCCUCACAUCUACGUUCUUGGCUUCCAAGAAAUAGUGCCACUCAAUGCCGGGAAUGUUCUCGGGGCGGAGGACAAGGGGCCCGCCUCCAAGUGGCUCGACCUCAUUGGCCAAGCAUUGAAUCCCUCCUCAUCGGAAAGAAGCCAUAGUUUACAUCACAAUUACCGGUGCACCAUCACUGAGGAAGAUGCAAAACCCAAGAGCGUCCAGAAGGCCAAGGUGAGCUUCUCAGAUGUGUCGGCAGUGGAUGACAUGGUAUCAGAGCCCGAGGAGGAGGAAAGCGAGCCUUCCACCUCAAACCCGGAGUCGAGCAGCGAGGAGGAGAUGAGCGAGUUCGCAACAAUGUUGCGCGAGAGGACCAGUCGAGGGUACCACCUUGCUGCCAGCAAGCAGAUGGUGGGCAUAUUCCUCUGCGUGUGGGUCCGGGCCGAUCUCAUGCCACGUGUCACCGGCCUGAGGGUUUCAUGUAUUGGGAGGGGCAUCAUGGGCUACAUGGGAAACAAGGGGUCCAUCUCGAUCAGCCUGACGCUACAAGGGAGCACGACUGCGGCUUCGGCGAGCCUGUGCUUCGUGUGCACACACCUGGCGUCCGGCGAGAAGGACGGCGACGAGGUGCGGCGGAACUGCGACGUCGCCGAGAUCCUCAAGCGGACUAGGUUCCCGCGCCCCCACCGGUUCUCCAGGUCGAUACCGGCGCUGUCGCCGGAGACCAUCUUGGAUCACGACAAGGUGAUAUGGCUGGGCGACCUGAACUACCGGCUGUCGUCGACGGGCGGCGGGGUGGGAGGAAGGCGAGAUCCGGUUCCCGCCGACGUACAAGUACCUGGCCGAGUCCGACACCUACGCCAUGGCCACCCUGAGCUCCUCCGGCAAGUCGUCGCGAGACAAGAAGCGCACGCCGGCAUGGUGCGACCGCAUCCUGUGGCGCGGCGAGGGGGUGGAUCAGGUGUGGUACGAGCGCGGCGAGUCGCGCUUCUCUGA